AUGAGUUUCACAUCUUCCAUCUCUUCUCUUCUCUUCUCUUAUCCGUGUUCGUUCUCUCUCUCUCCUUAUUCUCCUCCAUUCUCGUUUCUGGACAAUGACGGCACACUCUCUCCAAUAGUCGAUGACCAGGAUCGAGCUUUCAUGUCUGAUGCGAUGAGAAAGACGGUGAGAAAAGGUGCAACCAGUUUUCCCACUGCCACUGUGAGUGGAAGGUGCAGAGAUAACAUCUAUAGCUUCAUACGGUUAGCAGAAUUGUACCAUGCCGCAAGCCAUGGCAUGGACAUUAAAGGACGGGUAAAAGGCUCCAAAUGCAAGAAAGCGAGUGAGCUUUAUAAUCUCCAUACAAGAAAGGUAGUGGUCAUGCUGUUCAGUUCCAACCACCAGUAAAUUUCUUCCAAUGAUCGACAAGGUUUAUAUUCUUUGCAAAUCUCACAUAUACGAUUAUAUUGGUACAACCCUACAAAGAACAGAAUCAAGAGGAGUUAGCUAGAUCAUUUCAAACAUGAAUUCUCAGGUUUAAAAGCAGUUGGUGGAGAAAACUAAAGCAACUCCGGGGGCUCAAGUGGAGCACAAGAAGUUCUGUGUCUCUGUUCAUUUUCGACAGGGAGGGGAAACGGACUUAGGGGAGAUGAAUUCUCUUCCAUUGCGUUUUCCUUUUCU